AUGGAUGCAUGUCAUAUAUUACUCAGGAGACCAUGGCAAUAUGAUAGGAAUGUGCAUCAUGAUGGAAGGAAGAAUACAUACAGUUUCUUGGUUGACAAUGUGAAGCUAACUCUCCUACCCAAUCUGGCCGAAGGGCCCAAACCUUCAACCGGGACGGGUCAAACAUUGUUGACCAGACAUGAGUUCGUUAAAGAGAUGCUAGAAGCGGAUUGUGGGUACUUGCUAGUGGGUAAAGAAGGCAAGAAAAUAGAAGAGGUGUCUGAAGAAGCCAAGGGGUUUGAAGAAUUUGCAUAUGUAUUUCUGGUUGAAUUACCAGAUGAGCUACCUCCUCUUCAUGACAUACAACACCAAAUUGAUUUGGUGCUGGGUUCAAGUCUACCCAACCGACCACAUUACUGCAUGAGCCCCAAAGAGCAUGAAGAAUUAAGGCGACAAGUGGAGGGGUUAUUAGUCAAAGGACACAUUUAA